AUGCCAUCUGGACGAAAACGAUGGAAUUUGCAUGAUGGACCUCAGGGCUCGUUGCGACGUCUUCGCAAUCAGCUCGCGGAAGACGGCUGUGCAGAAUCACAAGUAGUUCUUGCCAAACAAUUGUUGGAAGAAAAAUGUGAAUUAGAAGCGGAUAAAAUAUCAAACUUUAAGCAGGCAUUGGAUUGGUUAAUAUGUGCCACAGAGCAAGCACAUCCAGAAGCUCGGAGAAUGCUAAGUCGCUGUAUUCGGAGUGGUGUUAUAGAUGAAGACAGUGCUCCUAUAGUGCGGGCGAAAUCAUGUUUAGCAGCGAGCCGUCAAGAAACGGUCGCGAGGAAAGCUGCUAGGGAUCUUUUUGCGAGUUUAUCAAACGGCGAGCAAUAUAUAACAACGGCUCAAUUGGAGAGGCGGAUAAGGGAGAUAUGUGCUACCACUCUAAGGAAGGGCCCUGGGGAAGACUCACUGGACGAUGAAACGCCAGAAGAAGAGAGAUCGUUGGAUGAACAAGCCUUAGAGCCUUCCAAACUUCAAGCCGGUGACCACAUACAUACUAAUGGUACUAUAAGGACCCAUGAUGUGAACGAAGAUUACCCUGAUAGAUGUCAGAAUGACGAUAUACGGAACCUAACGGUGGAUAAUCUAGUUUCAGCUGCAGUCGACUAUUGUCAGGGAGAGUUACCUUUAGUGAGCUAUGAGUUGACUUUAACUGACCCAAGCGUGAAGGCUUUAGAUCACAUUCCCAUAUUACACCAGGCUUUUUUACAUCCUAUAGUAUUUUUGCAGGUUUUGUACCUCAAACUGCUCUACUAUUUUGGGUCUUUUUCUUUUAGGCUGUCGAAUAUCGAAUUAUCAGUCCUUCUUAUAUGCUAUUUGUCCGUAAGUACGGAUAGUUUGUAUCAUCUAGUCCCGUUAGUUUUCUAUUAUGUCAGUAUAAUCGCCAUGGUUAUAUGUACAUUCAAGAUGCUAUUGGCCAAACGUCAGUUUAUAGAUUUCCGUAAAUGGUCCGGUCUGUUUUUACGGUACAGCGACGGUAAUUUACAGCCGGAUGAGUCUGAAGAUCUAUUUGUACGGAACAAUUUGACGCCGUUUGUCCAAUUUUUUCUGGCGUUGUUCGUGAAUCUGUUCUUAUAUCCGUUCAUCGCUACCCAAUGGGUGCCGUUUUCUGAAUUCUGUGUUUUGUCUUUCUGUCUCAUGUUUCUGACGCUGAUAUCUUUUGGCACGAACGGAAGUCCUUAUCCGGAUAUUUUGGCUUUGAUUUCCUUCGGUAUAAACGUUCUCGCAAAAUAUCCUUAUGAGAAAGAUACUGUCGUGCAUCAAGGGUGGAGGUUUUUGGAUUUGCAUAUAUCCAAUUAUCCGUCUUAUAUACUUGGGAAUAGCAUCGAAUUUUGCUUGAACGCUCGUGUUUUCUUCUCUCUACUGAUACCUAUAAUACUAGCUGUGAUGGCGAAAAGGAAUAAUUGGCAGGGCGUAUUGAAGUACACCCUACCACAUUGCGUGACUUUAAGCUGGUUGCAGAUGUUCAUAACCUGUUCUCACGGUUGUACAACCUAUGGUUUGAUAAGGGGUACCCUGGCUUUAGUUUGUACGUUCCUAUUUCUACCUUUAAUGGGCAUUGUAACAGUGACUUUACCAAUAAUAGCUUUCCUUCAAUACGUCACUAUGUCCAAACUAUUGUAUACAUUGACGGUUCUUAUUUGGCUGGUCGUUGGUUUAACCGUAACAUGUUUUCUUGCGAAAUCUGAAUCAACAAAGAAGUUUGUCACUCCAUUUCAGAUCGCUAUAGGCCUAAUAACAUUAAUAUACACUGGAAAUCAAUUCGCUGUGAACAUUCAAGAAGAUGGCAUUGCGUCUGGGCUUAUAGAAAUCAUUGGAGAUGAAAAAUCCAGUAUCAAAAACCUGCUGAAGAACGAAUUCAUAACAGAUUACGAAGACAGUUUAUAUCAUAUUAACUGGGACGAUUAUUACAAUCAAUGUAAUUCACCAUCUUGGAAUGAGAAAAAUAUGGCGACCACACAAAUGAAGUGUUCAAUACUAGACGGAGCUCACGUUAACUGGUCGGGUUAUGUAAAAGAUGUUAGAGUAAAAAAUGUUAGGAAUCAAUGGAAUACUUUCGCUAGCUGGUUGCCGCAAAUUAUAUCGGAGUACUUCAAAUGUUACUACGGCGAAGAGUUUUCUAGUUUGUGCCGAAAUGACGUGUCUGAUUGCGAAUUUGUCCAAACAGUGGCUGAACAGAGCGGCAAGAGUUGUCAUUUGAAUAAUUAUAAUGAGUAA